AUGGAGAUCGAGAACAUUGUGGCGAAUACGGUUUAUAUCAAGGCCAGAGAGAGUGGCGGUCAGAAGAAGGGAAAGAGCAAGAAGUGGAAGAACUAUCUCCAGUUUCCCCAUUACACCGAGUGCCUCCCGCUGCGUUCUGAAAUAGAUGUCAGUUACUCGUACAUCGUUGAACGCCAACCGAUUGGAAAGUUGCUGUUCCAAGAUUUUUGUGAGUCAUCGGGUCACCAGUACUUUCAAGCAUGUCUUUUUUUAAACAAGGUUGAGGAGUAUGAGACUUCUGACGACGAUGUGCAGUGUCGGCGAGAAUUAGCGCGCGCUAUUGCCAGUCUUCUCGCACCUGGUGGUGAUACUCCUUCAUCAUCGCAAAACGAUAACAACCAGUGGUGCUCUUUUCUUCCGGAAAACGUGAUAGCAUCUGUUCUUGCUGCUGCCGAUUCGGCUACACAAGAUGAGGAACUUCGGACAGACACCUUCGCAGAAGCAUACAAGCUGGUUCGAGCGUACCUUGCUGAUGAGCCCUUCAAGCAGUUUCUUGACUCUAUUCUCUUUUAUCGCUAUCUUCAAUGGAAGUGGUUAGAGAAGCGUCCCGUAGACAAACACACAUUCAGACUUUACAGAGUGCUUGGAAAGGGAGGAUUCGGUGAAGUAUGUGCAUGUCAAGUUCGAGCAUCGGGGAAGAUGUAUGCGCUAAAGAAAUUGGAGAAGAAACGUGUGAAGAAGCGACAUGCGGAAACGUUGAGUCUGAACGAAAAACAGAUAUUACAGCGAAUUAAUUCCCCUUUUGUGGUGAGUCUUGCAUAUGCUUAUGAAACUAAGGAUGCUCUCUGUCUCGUUCUUACAUUGAUGAACGGAGGAGAUCUGAAGUUCCACUUAUACAAUCUGAUGCCCGGGGGUUUUGACGAGAAACGUGUUCAAUUCUAUGCCGCGGAGAUCACUCUUGGUUUGCAACACUUACACAAGGAACGGAUACUGUACCGUGAUCUCAAGCCGGAAAAUAUUUUAUUAGACGAUUUUGGUCAUGUUCGAAUUUCUGAUCUCGGAUUAGCUGUUGAAUUGAAGGACAACGAACCAAUCAAAGGAAGGGUGGGGACCGUAGGUUAUAUGGGUAUGAAGAUUUUAUUUGCUUUUAAAGAACGAACGGUAUUCUUAUGGUAUGAUCGAAGGAAAGGUGAGCCUGCUCCAUUUCGCCAACGAAAGGAGAAGGUGAAGCGAGAGGAAGUGGAAAGACGUGUUCGAGAAGACCAGGAAAAGUAUUCGGACAAGUUUAGUGAAGCAGGGAGAACUCUUUGUCGUGGUCUCCUCCAUAAGGAACCGACAUUUCGACUAGGAUGUCGUCGAGUAAGUAAACCGGAAGAGGGGGCCGAAGAAAUUCGCGCUCAUGCUUUUUUCAACAAUGGAGAUCCGAACACAGGUCGUGAAGCGGUUCCAUGGAAGAAAAUGGAGGCUGGGAAAGUAACGCCUCCAUUCUGUCCAGACCCACGCGCUGUUUAUGCUAAAGAUGUCCUCGACAUUGAGCAGUUUAGUACUGUAAAAGGAGUUCGACUUGAUGCAAGUGAUACACAAUUUUACGGUAAAUUCAACACGGGCUGCGUUAGUAUUCCAUGGCAGAAUGAGAUGAUCGAAACCGAAUGCUUCCAAGAACUGAACGUGUUCUUCGAAGAUGACGGUAGUCUUGUACCAAGUUUGCGAUCAGAUGAUCAAACACAAUUUAACAGGAAGAACGGUUCAAGCGGCGCCGGGUUUUUCAGUCGUUUGUUCAAGCGCAAGGUACUGCUUUAUCCUUGUUCCUUUUACUUUAUUUUGAAGUCUUACAUCAGUUCAUCUCUGGUGAACUCUUCUUAUUCCUAUAAAUUUUUUUUACUCACCGAUAUUUCAGUACAAGCAUGUUUAGUGACGUGUUGUCCCAGAAAAUGA